UUUUCCUCCAAACCUCUUGAUGAGUUGGUGGUACUUUGACUAUAUCCUUCCUCAUCAAAACUUCCUUUGCUUGAGCUUUCUCUAUUAUAUUUUACUUCCCUAUUUCUCCCCUCUUUAUUCUUCUCUUCUUUUUUCUCCCAAAAAUAUUUACUCGCUUCUUUCUCUUCCUCCCAAUAAUUCUUCUUUGUAUUUUUAUUGAAAUAUUCAUAUUCUUCUUUUUCAUAAUUUUUCCAUUUAGCUGCUGGUACUUUAUAAGUAAAAACCUCCUUUUCUCUAUUACCCCAUUUUUGACGAUUUUCGUUCCAAUUAAUAUUAUUAAAAUCUUCUCUAUUAUUCCAAUUACUUCUUUUAAAUUUUUGGUAGCCUCUAUUAAAACUUUCUCUUGAAUUUCUUCUUUUUCUUGGCAAAGCCUCAAAAUUUCCUCUUCUAGCUCUAUUACCCGCUUCAAAAUCAAUACCUUGUUGUGCCAUCUCUUUAAUCAUUUCGGGCCAAUCUUCUUCUUUAUCUUCUAGUGUUACAAUGUUUCUAUUAUUUCC